AAUCAGAAGAGGGGCCAAGGCUGUUAUUUUGUGUUGCCUUCCCACAAGGCUCCUCACCACAAAAUAUGGCUUAGACAGAUCUUUUGUUCCUCCAGCUGCACUAGGCGAAGUCUCAGAUGAUUUCACCAGCACAAUAACUUGCCGCCCUCUACAACUUCACCGACUUCCAAAGAGUCACAACAUAUGAAUUUAAAUAUGGGGAUUCUGAGCCAAUCAAUCUUUCCCCUCCUCUGGGCUGCUUUGGUCGUUUGUCAGUACGAAGAUUAUGAUUUUGAGGAUGACUAUGAGGAGCCAGACCAUCAAACUCCAUAUUAUUUUAACCCGAACACACAAGCUGAAGUUCCUCGCUUUCCUUUCCCAGUUGAGUGUGCCAGGGAAUGUUUUUGCCCCCCAGCUUUCCCCUUGUCCAUGUACUGUGACCAUCGGAACCUGAAGACAAUUCCAAACAUCCCUGGUCACGUCCAACAGCUUUACCUGCAGAACAACGACAUCGAAGCUGUGCCUGCAGCACCAUUCACCAAUGUCACCUUUGUGAGGGAAAUCAACCUCAGCUACAACAAAAUUAAAUUCCACAUGAUUGACCAGGGGGUUUUUGCCAAACUUUCAAGCUUAGUGCAGCUUUAUUUGCAACACAAUGAGUUAGAAGAGUUUCCAUUCCCGCUGCCCAGCUCUCUAGAGAGACUCCUCCUUGGCUUCAAUAAGAUUGCCCGGCUACCUGGGGAUGCACUGGGGGGGUUACCCAACAUCACCACGCUGGACCUCUGCAGUAACUUCCUUGAUGACUCAGUACUCAAAGACAGACCCUUUUCCAACAUGAAAAAUCUACUGCAGCUCAACUUAUGCAACAACAAGUUACAGACUAUGCCUCCCGGGCUGCCGCCAUCACUUAUGCACCUCUCUCUUGAAAAUAACUCCAUUUCUUAUAUUCCAGAAAACUAUUUCCACAGACUCCCCAGAAUCAUUGCUCUGAGAAUGUCCCACAAUAACCUGCAGGACAUUCCACGCAACACCUUUAACCUGCCCAACCUCCUGGAGCUUAACCUUGGACACAACAAACUGAAACAAGUGUUCUAUAUUCCAAGAAGUUUGCAGCACUUGUAUAUUGAAGGCAAUGAACUUGAAAACAUAAACGUCACUUUGAUGUGCCCAGCUCUGGACCCACUGAACAUCCACCAGCUGACCUACAUCCGCGUGGACCAGAACAAGCUGACGAGCCCGAUCAGCAGCUAUGCCUUCUUCUGCUUCCCCCUCAUCAGAACCAUCUACUACGGAGAACAAAAUGUGACUCUCAACAAGCCGACCCGGCUCCGAACACCGGUGUUCCGGCGGUUCCUGACCCCAGAGGAAUACCAGGAAGCAGAAGACAAUCAGGAAACGCACAGUCAAGACACCGAAGAAGAUCACGAAGCACAAGACAACAACUACUUCUAUCCUUACUUUCACUGAAGGGAUUGUUAAUGAGUGUACAGGGAAAGUUUUCCUUAGGUGGGGGUCAUUCAUAGCCACUCUAGAACAAUUGGGUAGUCUGGGAUGUUUAAUAUGGAUGUGUGGAGGUCAGAUUUAGAGUAGGGAAGUGUCCUCUUAUUGGGGUAGUGAAAACCAGAGCAGCAGGAACAAAGAGCACUUGCCUGACAUCAGAAAAAGUCUGAUACACACCUGGGUUGAUGGUGGGCUCACCCUUGGGGGAGCAGCCUAAGCUGAAGAAAACUGACCUGAAAAUCUUCUGUGUUCUAAACUGCAAAAUGCCUAAAACACACAUGAAUGUCAUACUCUAUAGGAACAAAUAGUUAAGGGCAAAAAUCCUCCCAGCUCUGCAUCCUGCUGCUGAGAGCAGAGGAAAACAGACACACCAGAGAGCAGGACAGGAGGGGAAGGUCACAAGAAUACUUUCACAAGGUUCCUCCACAUCCUCCAGAAAUACAGAUGUUUCUUCUUCCAGUUUCUAACUGGACAAGAAAAUCAAUCUCAAAAAUUCUAUUCCCCAUUCUAUGUUUUAAGUGUCCUGACAAGGUGUAUUAUAAUAUUUACUUCUCUGUCUGUACCUCAACUAUCACAAUCUUUCAAAUGAUAUUUCAGCUUAUUAGUAACAUAGGCAAUACACAACCUUUCAUCACACUCUUAGAAUCUAGGGAGAGGUAUGAGUAUGAGUAUUAACAGAACUGAACCAUUAGCAUCUACAUUUUACCUGUGCUUUAGCCCAUGCUACUUCAGAAGACAUAUAAAACUGUAAUAUAAUCUUAUUAGAAUUGUUAGUCAGGUAGAACAGGCACAAAUAGAAACAUUCCAGGUUUUUUUAACUAAUAUUUUAGACUGUCCCUCUGCAAAGCUAAUAGCAGUGAGCUACAUUCUGCUUCAAAGUACAAUUAAAACUGCUUUAAGUAACCUGAAAUACUGUAUAAUCCUUGAGUUAUGUAGAUUUUUUUGGUGUCUUAUGCCUAGAAACAGAUCCAAAUAACUACAGGGUAAGAUAACACUAUAGAGCACUUUAUUGCUUUUUUUUCCUUCUUCAUUUUUCAGCACUUUUUCCCCAUUAAUGCUUUGUUACCUGUGAGGGAGAAUCACCAUUUUCAACAGGAAAAAAAAAGAAUGCAAGCAAAAGAUCCAUACUACCAAUUUUACACUGUACUUUAAGUAUAUGAAAACUCUAAAAGCUACAAAAAGUACGUGAGCAGAUUUGCACCAGUGUUUCUAUGAAGUAACACAGGUUUGGUUUUUUUUCUCUUACAGUGUCAGUUAUUUUUUGAAGCCCACCUUCAUAUAUUUUGGUUUCUGAUGAAACAAUUUUUAAGAAAAUGGAAAUACCUAAUGACACAUUUUUUAACAUAAAGAUUCACUUUAAGCCCAUGAAUAUAACCUUGUCUUCCUCUUUCUUAAAACAUGUUUAUUAACAUUUAUCAACCUCUGGCUCAUGAACAAGGAACAUAUGCAUACUCAUUAAAAUAUGUACAAAUUUAGAUAUAUUUAUAGCUUUAUAGCUUUAUCAAUAUAAACAUGGAGUAUAUGAACCUUAGGGAACCUUUCAGCUAUUUCAAGUUUUAAGUGAAUGGUGCACAAAAUGCAGGCUAAAAUAGAGGCUUUUUUGAAAGGUUUGCUCAGCUUUAAAAAAAGGACACUAUCCUUCUAUAGUUUGAAUAUUAUAUCUUCUACCACAAACUUCCUGCUUUUUAAAAUCAUCUCUCAAGCAAAGCUUAGCUUUAGUUUUAAAGUAGAAUUAAAGAUAUGAACUUUGAAGCAACUAGUUAUAUACAUUUUUUAAAGUCAAACUGACAGUUAUUGAAAGCUUUAGAGCUUAUGACAUUUAACUCAUUUGAGUCUUAUUAUAUUUAACUCCUUCAAAUGGGACAUGAAAAUUGUAUUACAAACAGAACCAUUGUAAUUCACUUUUCUUUCAAUUAAUAUUAUCAUCUCUCAUCUGUGGCAAAUAGGACACUGUUCUUCCAGAAGGAUUUUAGGGUGAUUAUGGAACUAAAGACUUGCCAGCUUUGGAGAAAGAGGAAUUCCUAACAAAGAACAGAAUUCAUGGAUAUUGAGCUGAAUAGAGUUUGCUCUGGUAAGACUGGGAAUGGCUUCUGUAAAAGCCAUGAUGCUCUGCCCUUGCAAAUCUCAGAGUUCUCUGAAGGAAUCAUGAAGGAUGUGGAAAAGGGAGGUCCUGCUCCAAAUUGCCUAUAAAAAUUUCUGAGAGGUUUUUAAGGAAGAAUAAACAGUCAGUUCUUACUGUGGAGGGAUCCCACUGGUGGGAGCUUUGCUGGAAUUUAUUCAAUUUAAAAUACUUGCAAGAGAUGGACAAACCAGGCUGAGCAGGGAGGAUUGAUGAGUGACUGCAACAAGACCUUGGGAUGCUAAAACAGCCAAUGAAACUCAUCACUGUUAAAUGAGAAGUGAUAGCCAAGGAAAAGAUGGAAGUGUGACCUCAUUGCCACCACUCAGGAGCAAGACUCAAGUAGUUCAGUAGGUGGUUCAAUGAAAAACACUGGCUUGGUACCCAGCAGCUAACUCAAAUGUAGAGUAACUAGAGAGAAAGAGAAAACAAGAGACAUCAAGGCACCACUGUAAAUCUGUGAUUCACCCAGACAUUAAUCAAAUUAUUGAUUUCCAAACCCUCAGGUAGUUGGUGUAAUUGCAUAUGGCAUGAUUAGAAAAGGAGCUCAGAAAGGUAACGAGGCCACCAAAGGUAAGGAAUGGCUUCUAUCUAAACAGCACAGAAGGCACUCACCAGCUCAGCAAAGAAAUUCCUAAGAGGAGUUGCAGAAGAUCCCCACAAAAUUAGGAGCUGCACAGACAGCAUGGAUCCAGGAAUCAGCUGCUCCGGGACAGGGGCAAGGAGCCAUCAGGGGAUAUGGCCCAGGUACCAACAGGACAACAGACAUUUGCAGCAGUGAAAAGUCAGCCCUUAAACUGAGCUCCCGAGGACACAGCAGCAGUUUUACAUGUGUUUCAAGAGAAGACUGCACAGGUAAUUGUAUUUCUUGGCAGAGAUCCAUUCCAGGUUGUUAAACAAAGCACAGUAGGUACAAAAGAGCUGAUCUGAAAAUAGCUGGAGAAUGGAAGAACAUCUGAAGACAGGAUGAGACAAGGAUCCUACCUGACUGUCCUGUUCCCACUCUUCCCAAAGCAUCUGCUCAUGGCCCUUGCUGGAUUCAGGACUGCAGACAGGUCACACUGGCCUUUAGGGCUGAUUCCAAUUAUACCACCACACAAGCACCAGAUUUUGGUAGCAAAACAUCCUUGCUUCAUGUUUGCUCUGGUAUUUAGUUUCAGAAUAGUAUUUAGUGGUUUUAAGAAGAAAAUAGAUUCGUAAACUACGAACUAAACAUGUAUUAAAAUCUUAUUUAUUUCAUCAGUAGCAGCAAGAUCUAACAAGCAUCAAACAGCUUAAUGAGCUUAUUUACAGCAGAAUCAGAAAAUACAGAAGCAAAGCCUGAUCUGGUUCACAACUCAGUGUCUCCAUUAGCAAUUCAGUAGAAGCACCAGCCACAAGAGGUUAUUGUAAAAAAUAAAAAUAAAGGAAGAUAAAUAAUUGCAUUUAGUUAUUUAAUCCAACUGUCUCCAUUUCUUCCUUUAGCCUCAAAAGAGUAGGAAUAUAUUUUGCCUUUUCCCAUGUUUUUGAAG